AUGUCUGCAUCUGAAAAUGAGCCAGGUGGCCCUCCAGACGGCUCUUUAUGUGUCCCCACGUCUCCUCAUGCAAGGGCAAAGCGAAGAAUUGCCAGCUUGAUGAGCGAGGUUGAAAUUUUGAAGCAGGACAAGGCGACAAAACAUAGGAAGACAACUUAUUAUAUCUCUCAGGGGCGAGCAAUCCGUCGCAUGGUUGUCUUGUACGCAUCCAUAGACGACCUAAUCGCCGAAAACGACCGGCAUUGUGAAGGCUGCGACUCCAGUAACUUGGAACAGGACCGACUUCAGCGUGGUUAUAUAGAACUCACCAAGGCAUUACCAUGGGUCCACGAGAAGCUGGCAAACCUUGACCAUGACGAUUCGGAAGACAUGCGCAGAAAGCUCAAGCGGGGCGCGGACUCAGCCCGCGGCGAUGACACAGGUACUCUUAAAGAGCUUGUGGCUUCUUGGGUUAACGACGAAUUCCAUCCCACUCCACUCAUCAAGACCAGUGACAAGCACUAUCGAGGAUUCAUGAACAACGCCUGCAGUAAACUACUUUGUCCCGCGGAAUGGUCCUGGGAGGAUUCAGCGGUCAAAGCUGGAGUUCGUGACUGUACCACUGCUUUCAUUGUGUCCGAGAACUUGUGGCCUCUAUUUAUGUAUCAAAACUACGAAGCUAAUUCUGGGGAUUUGGAGCGCAAUCUCAUGAAGUCGAAGCUGUUAGUUAUGGGGUUCAAGGCCAUAUUUACCUCCCCCUCCUCCGCCGAUGAAGCGGAUGGUGACGGUGACGGUGCUGAUAUCAUCGAGAAUAACUGUCAUGCCCGUAGACAAUUAGAUCAAGUCAAGGUAAAAACAUGUGUCGCCUCUAUCAUAGGCAUGAGGAAGGUGACUCCUCGCACCAUCACAUAUACAGCUUGCCAGAUCCGAUUCGCUCUUUCUAGCAUUACCUCGUGGCGCACAGUGGAUGGAGAUUUCGACUAUGAGAUAUUCUGGAAUAAUAUUGUGGACUUCUUCGAAAAUGCUCCGGGCCCAGCUGCGCGAGCUAGGCUGAACGGCCUUCUUGAGCGGUGGACUAGAAAAGUUUUCGGAAGAAACCAUCGGCAGGAUUUGACGCCGGACGUCAUUUCCAAAAUGUCCGUCAAUGUUCUUGCUGCCCAGAGACAGCAAAUGGAAGACUCUGCGUUUGACUCCGACUAG